AACCUCAGCAGAACAACUGUCAUGGCGGCAGCGAAGCUACCACAUCGUGCUCUUGAGGUUAUAUUUUCAUAUUUGGAUAUAUCUGAUCUUCGAAAUUGUUCUCUUGUGUGCAAAAACUGGUACAGGUAUCUGAACGACGAAAAUAACGAUGUUUGGCGGUUACACUGCGUAAGGAAGCUUGCAGAAGAAGCACUUAAGUCGGACAUCCUGAGCAACGUGCCUACUUACAAAGCGAAGUUGCGCGCAUUUUACCACGCUUGGAAUCCAAAUGAUUGUUCUAGGAACAUCUACGUCAAGGCAAACGGAUUCACUAUUCAUCGCAAUCCAGUGGCACAGAGCACGGAUGGGGCGAGAGGCAAAAUUGGUUUCAAAACAGGUCGUCACUGCUGGGAGGUUUGGUGGGAAGGACCUCUUGGAACGGUAGCCAUGAUCGGUCUUGCUACACAGAAUUCGUCUGUUCAAUGUCAAGGGUACACCCCUCUGAUUGGAAGUGAUUCGCAAAGUUGGGGCUGGAACCUUGUGGACAAUCAUUUAAUUCAUAACGGAGAUAGUCAAGGGAACUACCCACUGUUGAACAAUGCUCCGAAGUACCAGGUUGGAGAAAGAAUACGAGUUAUACUUGACUGUGAGGACAACACAUUAGCAUUUGAGAAAAACUAUGAAUUUUUAGGUGUCGCUUUUCGAGGGUUGCCAGACACACGGUUAUUUCCUGCAGUGUCUGCGGUCUAUGGCAACACCGAAAUUUCUAUGGUUUAUUUGGGACCACCGCUGGAUGGUUGAGAGAAAAAGAGAUCCAUUCUCGCUGUCUGAGGAACAUUUGUGUCAUGUCUGCAUUAUUGUCCGACUAUUAUUGUGUCAUUGUGUGUGUAUGGAAAAGGGUUCGGGGUGGGGGUGGAAGAUUGACAGAAUCAUGUACACACAAAAAUGGACAGGGGUGGGGGAUCAGGUAUGGCAGGUUUUAUGUAUAAUGGUGUGUGUGUGCAUUCAUGCAUGGGAGAGAGAUGAAUACAAGAGAGAAUGAUGUGUAAUUAUACAGAAAUUGUUUUUAAAAAUAAUGUUAAAAUGUGCUCACUUUAGAUGAGGGUGUAUGCAUUCAUGCAUGCGUAUGCUGUGUAAUGCACCUGCUAUCACACUGUUGCACAGUUGUGAACAAAUACUUGCAUCAGGUUUUAAAAAAAAGCCUGCACAAGCAAGUUUUUUUAAUGUUAUGUGAAUAUUUUGCUCCAUGUGUGUAUAUAUAUAUAUGUUUCUCUAUGUUUAAAUCGUGUUGUGUUUGUGUCAUUAGUCCAUUCAUCAUCAGUGCAUUUUGUUGUACAUGUUCAUUUCCAACAUUUAUUUACAAUUUUAGCAGCCUGCAGUUUUCACCAGAAAUGAGUGUGGUCAGCAAACAGAUAUUCAAAUUUUACUGGGCAGGUUUUAAAAUGAAAUUGUAUUUUUUUUUUAAAAAAAACCACUCGUAUACUUUCCUGAUUUAAAGUGUUAAUUGUCUCUUGUAAUGUGUACUCCUAGCUACAUGCAUAUCUUUAAAUGAUGCUAUUUUGGGGCAUUGAAAAUUCUGUCAUGAUUUGUUUAACUACUGUGCUUGUGAUAAUAUUUUUUAUGCUUAAUUUGGAUGUAUAAAUUCUAGAAAAAAUAUGACUGGAAGAUUGACUAAAAUACUACAAAAGUAUUAAUCUUGCAUUCAGACAUACUCUCUAUUUUCCUGCUGUCGUCCUAAACUGCUGGCUUUAGUCUCCUGCCAUUUGUACAAAUAAAGUUAAAGCAGGAUUACUUAAGGUGGUACCCAGGCCAUAAUGCCCACUUUGCACUGCAGUAAUUGACUUGUUUUAGGAGACUUCAUAUGCAUUGUGUGUGCUAGUCUUUACAUCUUGUGCACCAACUAGAUUUACAGAAUAGAAAAGGUAAUUAUGAGCAUCAACAGCAGCAUGUGUCAUUUUUAGAUUCACCAUUGCAGUUGAGAGAUGUUUUUAUUUUCUGUUGGUUUUUUUUUAAAUUUGUUUUUCUUGUUACUAUUUUUUAGAUUGACCUUGUCUCCUUGUAUCACUUCACAGGCUCGAAAAGGCCAGUUUCUGAAGGUAACAGAGAGAUGUGUGUGAGCGCGAAUGUGUUAAAAUAUAAGUAUAUUGUGCAUACCCUUUAAAGCUAUAAAGCGUUGUUCAUUUAUCAACAUACCAGUUACCAUUUGCUUCUUGCUCUUUUAGUCCUUUUUUUAAAUAGAAUAAGUAUUUGAGCAUUUAUGACACAAAAGCAUGUACACAUGUGAAGUUCACUGUAUGUGCAUGUGAUCGUAGAUUCAGAGGCCAUUUCCUCUUGCAGCUUUGUAGAAACACAGGGCUAAGAUCUCUUCUCAGUCUGUCUUGUGGUCCAGGAUUGCUACAUGAUUGUUAAAAUUUGGGUUGUUUUGCGGAUGUGACUCUACUGUGCCUGCCACUGACUACUCGGCCAAAGAUAUUACCACCUAAAGGCUUGCAUCCCUGUCAUUGUCUUCGGCCUGUUUUCAGAGGAUGAGCUAGAACUCAAUACCACUUCCACCAUUCCAGUGGUGUUAGAUGUCACAUUUAUGCCAUGUUGUGCAAAGAGGUGGCAUUCUUCUUGCGAGUCCAUGUAGGCAGUGCAUCAGCAAGAGUCUCUGCUAGGCCAUUACAUUGCUGACCAAGCCCAUUGGUUUAUUCUGUUGAUAAAACUAUUAGACAUUAAAGUUUGACUGAAAAAUAGUGUUUGCCAGCACUAUUGUGAGCAGUACUUUAGAGGUUGUGAGAUGAUGCAAGCACAUAGUAAUUAUGCAAACUCUCAUUUAUAAAGUGAUUUAGUGUAAUAUCUCCAUACUGGUAAACUAUGAAAAAAAUAUAUCUUCAGUCAAGGAUAGGGCAUUCACUGUGUAAUUCUUUCAUCACUGCAUAUCACUUUGUUAAUAUUUUAUCAUCACAGAGUUUAGUCCUUGCAGCGUAAUCCUCAAAAUGGCUUUGUUGCUGAUUGAUGAUUUAAAUAACAGCCCUGCGGCACUUUCAGAAUGUGUUUAGCAAUGCUUAUUUAUUAUCAUCUUUGUCAUUGACAUGCUGCAGUGGUAAGAAAGUCUUGUUAGUAAAGGUAAUGAAAGCUUCAGCAAUCUGUGAACCUCUUUUUUUCAUCUGGACAAUUUUCCUCUAUGUUUUAAUCAUUAGUGGAGUUCUGAAAAAAGGCAGACAUUUGCUUCAAAUUUUUGUUCCCAAGAAAAAAAGAUGAUUUUUUUCUUUUAGAAUAUCCAUUUCUUAAUAAUCAGCUCUCCUAUUUCUAUUGACAAAAGUGUUUUUUAAAACCAACCAUAAAGUUUACAAGCAAAUCAUACAUACAUUUCAGCAGCAAUCAUUUUAUUUUUGUUGAUCUGUUUUUUAAUCACAAUAUAUUAAUUGACAAUGCUGCUAAAAUGGAAAUACGUGUAGAUGAAAUUAGAAUUGCAUCUUUGUUUAUGAUCUUGGAUUUUAAAAGUUUUAAGUGCUUUUUUUUUUUAGGUGAUGAUACAGGAGAAAUGUUAACAUCCAGUCUUGAUCUAAUACUGUUAUCAUCAGGGUAAGGGAUCAUCACAGUUGUAGACAUUUUAAAAAAGAAAUUCAGAAAGGAAUACAUGGCUAAGAUAUUGGAGUAGAAAAAGUACAGUGAUGUUUACUGCAAAAUAAUGAUUGAUUAAAAUGACAAAAUAUUCUGCCCCAUUUUGUAAGAACACAGCAUCCUAAAUCCUUUUAACAACAAUUCAUUUUAGCACAUUUAUUAAAUAUCCUUUCAAAGGAUUAGAAAUUGUGACCACUACGUAGCUUUUUUCAUGAAGAGAGAAAAAUAGUGUAGAAGGGAAAAAUUACCAUUUUCAUCAGUUAUACAGCCCUACUACAUCACAUCAAUUAUUAAAGAAAUGUUAAAAUGUUUAUAUAACUGCUUAUGGUACUAGGUAAAGUAGCACUGGGCUUGUUUAUGGUUCCCAGUCACUUAAUCCCCAGACACUUCAUCCCCGACACUUCAUCCCCGACACUUCAUCCCCUAGACUUUUAAUCCCCAGACA